AUGCUUCAACCACGUUCUCUUCAUCGACCUUAUAGUAAUCAAACAUUAAUUUAUAAUUGGCAAGAAGAACGAGCUGAUAUAAAAAAUGAGCGAAUUCAAAAACCACUUCCUUCUCAAUAUGAUCAUUAUUUUCCUACAACAUAUGAAUGUGCUUAUGGUACUAUUCGAGGUGAUCCACCUCGACCUGAAGUUCGUAAUCUUGAACUUCCACGUAACUAUGCAUUUCCUGGUCAUCAACCAGAAUUUGAUUUUCCUGAAAUGAAAGCAUCCGUUAAUACAUAUGUAACUGAAUAUCGUGCUGGUUAUUGUCGUAAUUGUCAACGUCCAUUGGCACCUGACGAUCCAGCAUGGUCAACAACAACAAAAGUUUGUUUACAUUGUAAAGAUCGUACAUAUAGUAUUGAUCCAAAACCUGAACCAUAUACACUCACCGUUGACUAUCGUCAAGAUCCAGCAGCUAAAAAUCGUUGUCUUGCUUGUAUGGAAAUUAAUACGGGUGUUAAAAUGAUUUGA